UCAGAUUCUUCAGUAUGUCUGUAGAGAAUGGUCUAAUUUACUUCGAACAACACUUUCUUUUUUCGAAUAAAUUUUUCCAAUAUACUAUGGGUUUGCGACCUUAUCAAUGUUCGAACGAUCUCUUGUUUCAAGUGUGUACAAUUAUUGCUUACGUAUUUCCAACGAUUGCACACCAAUUUUAUCAGCUCGCCAUAUCAGACGUCACUCUGGAAUCAACGGUCAAAGUGUUACAGAAAAUGUUAGCUGCUGUAUCUAUUUUAUGGAUAUACACUACUGUAUACUUUAGUUUCGUUAAUGUUCGUGUCAUAUUUGUUGUAUUAGCUUCGUUGUUCCUAAUAAAGGAAACAUUUAAAAACGUAGAAAGUGUAUUAAAUUUUCAGAUCAAAGAAAUUUUUUCUCAACUUAAGCUCGAUUACACUCUGAUGUCCGGUAAAGAUGAAUUUGAAAUUAUGUUUAAAUACAAUAAAGGGGGUAAAAUGUAUGCUUAUAUGGUUACGGGUUUUUUCAACAUCUAUUUUAUUGCAACAGUAACUCCCUGUGUUUUAAAUGUUUUCUUGUAUCACAUUGGUACUUCAGAGAAUGUUAACUUGACUUUACCCAUUCCCAUUAAUAAUAUUUCCAAUCCAGGGAUAAUAUAUUACACCUUACUCAUUUAUCAAAUUGUAGCAAUGUAUAUCUCAGUAAUCCUAGGGAGUGCAUGUUUUUCAUUGUAUUUGGUAUUAGUGCAUCACGCGUGUUGUCAAUUAAGCAUUAUAAGGUAUGCGAUUUUCUCACAAAGGUUUCUUUUUUAUCAUAAAUAUCGUAAUAUGCUUAAAUGAUGAUUUAAAACGUACUUAUUAUAGAUUGAAAAUUGGUCAACCUUUUCGGGAUCACCAAAAAUUAAAUCAAAAGUUUAAGUGUGAUAAAACAAUUUGGGACGAAUUUGGUUGGAUAGUUGACAUAAUAGAACAUUACAAAAAAGUCACGAUGUAUGUCCCGAUCAAUUAUUUUUGUGAUCUAUUUGAUGAUUUAUUCAAUGAUUAGAUUAACAAUUUUAAUAAAAAAAUCUUUUUUUUAUUAAUACGUAUAAACGCAUUAUUUUGUUUUUGUUUAAGAUUUGUUGAUUUGCUUAAUCGUCUUUCGGAGAGUAUUUAUUUAUUUAUGAUAUUCAUUGGGGUGUUUCUCUU